CUUCCUAAGUCAGUGUUGCUAGUAGACUGGCUCAAGCCAGUUAACACUGUCGUAAAUAAUCACUUUAUGAGAUCUCUUUCACGUCAGUGCCAUAAAAUGUAAACAUGGCGGCAGUGGGAGAACUUAAUGAUGAAGUGGAGCCUCAGUCAACUGAAGUUCAAGUGAAGAAUGAGACUAUAGGCGAAAAUGCAAACUCUAGCAAUAACGUUGGCCCAGUCACAGGGAAUGCAGCUGUUCCGACGACACAGACAGAACCUGAUCUCACUGAACGACAGACUAUCCUUGCUGUGUUGCAGUUUCUUAGAAAGAACAACCUGCGGGAAGCUGAAAAUGUUCUUCGUAAAGAGGCUGGUCUGCAGGAUAUUGGUGACAGUGCUCUUAGCAGUGGUCAAGGGGGAGAGUCUGAUAUUGGGGAAGCGUCUCUGCUCAGCCGUAUGGCGCCUGGCAGCGGUAUUUCCGUCGCUGCCGCUGGGGCUUCUUGCAAAGGUCCAACAUCAGCUGCUGGAGAUGACCAGCCCGACGUUAGUGUUGUGCUGUCUGCGUAUAAUCAGCAAGGAGAUCCCUUUAUGUAUAAGGAGUAUUACAGUGGAUUGAAGCAUUUUAUAGAGUCAGCACUGGACUGUCAUCGAGCUGAGCUUUCCCAGCUUUUCUACCCCCUUUUUGUCCACAUGUAUUUGGAACUGGUCUACAACCAACAUGAGAAUGAGGCCAAGGCUUUCUUUGCAAGGUUUACUUUGGUCUUCUUAAAGAGCCAGAGAUUGAGGUACCCCUGGAUGAUGAAGAUGAUGAAGGGGAAAAUGAAGAAGGAAAACCAAAGAAAAAGAAGCCUAAAAAAGAUAGCUUGGGUUCAAAGAGCAAAAAACAGGACCCCAAUGCUCCUCCACAAACAAGAAUCCCACUGCCUGAAUUGAAGGACUCUGACAAGUUGGAUAAGAUCAUGAAUAUGAAGGAGGCUGCCAAGCGUGUACGACUGGGUCCUGAUUGCCUUCCUUCCAUUUGCUGCUAUACAUUCCUUAAUGCUUACCAGGGCCUCACUGCAGUUGAUAUCACAGAUGACUCGAGCUUGAUAGCAGGAGGCUUUGCAGACUCCACAGUCCGUGUGUGGAGUGCAACACCAAAGAAACUACGUAGUGUGAAACACUCAUCAGAUCUUAGCAUGAUAGACAAAGAAGCAGAUGAUGUCCUGGAAAGGAUUAUGGAUGAGAAAACAUCAAGCGAGUCAAAGAUUUUAUAUGGUCACACUGGUCCUGUAUAUGGCAUCAGCUUCAGUCCAGAUAGGAACUAUCUGUUGUCAUGCUCUGAGGAUGGUACAGUGAGACUGUGGAGUCUCCAAACCUUCACUUGUCUUGUGGGAUAUAAAGGACACAACUGCCCAGUGUGGGAUACUCAGUUUUCCCCGUAUGGAUACUACUUUGUAUCUGGCGGCUAUGACAGGGUUGCUCGCCUGUGGGCCACAGACCAUUACCAGCCAUUAAGGAUAUUUGCUGGUCACUUGGCAGAUGUUACUUGUAUUAGAUUCCAUCCCAACUGCAACUAUCUAGCUACAGGCUCUGCUGAUAGAACCAUCAGGCUGUGGGAUGUUCUUAGCGGAAACUGCGUCAGAAUUUUCACAGGACAUAAGGGACCAGUUCAUGCAUUGGCAUUUGCCCCUAAUGGGAGAUACUUGGCUUCUGGAGCUACUGAUGGACGGGUUCUGCUCUGGGAUAUUGCAAAUGGCCUGAUGGUUGGAGAGCUAAAAGGACAUACAGACACUGUGUAUGCAUUACGAUUCAGUCGAGAUGGAGAAAUUUUGGCAUCAGGUGCAAAAGAUGACACUGUACGCCUCUGGGAUUCUGUGAAAGCUGUUGAAGACUUGGAGACAGAUGAUUUUACCACAUUAACUGGCCAUAUAAAUUUGACAGAAAAUUCACAAGAAUUGAUACUGGGGACUUAUAUGACAAAAUCAACACCUAUAGUACAUCUCCAUUUUUCACGAAGAAAUCUCCUCCUCGCAGUUGGAGCAUUCAACCCCCAAUAAGCACUUAAUUUUUCAGGUAGUUUCUCCUGGUUGCUGCUGAACAGAAGCUUUGAAUGCCUUACAGAUUACAUUUUCUAUACUGCACUGAAACAGUGUACAGUAGAAAAGGGUUAUUGCUACAUUUUACGUAGCACCACAAAAGGUUAUGAAAUGAAGAUGUGAUGCUAAUCUAAAGGUAGACCAGACAAACUGUUCCUACCUGCGCUGUUUUUCUUUAACUACAUUUUUGUAGUCAGUGACUUCCAACUGCAGAGUACACAGGGGUGUUAAGUAGCUGGCGUGCGGAACAUUUAAGACUGGUGCUAACCUACAUCAGUUACCCAUCAGUUGUGUACUGCAAUGCAGAACUGUUCAGAAAUUACUGUGGCUAUAGGUACAUAGUCAGGUUGACAUUGUGCUUUCCAAGAAAUGGCCAAAUUGCAAAAUUUCUAAAUUUGAGCACUUCAUAAGUGUGCAUUAAGGGAUGCAAUAACUUGUAAAUACCUACGUAUUAUAGAACCAUGUUAGUUUCUCCAUCUGUAACAAAAUGUGCACUGCUGAAAGAAUGGCUGAAGUGUUAAAAUAUGAAGUAAAGACUACUAGUUGCUUGCUAUUAAAGUAGUGCUACACUUGAAAAGCUUAUCUACUAAACAUGAGUUGGAGAGACUUGAUUGAUCAGGUAAAGUUAAACAGAUUUUAAAACACUCCCAUUACUGCAGUGUUCUUCCUUCAAAGCUUGGGUACUGGAGAGAAAAAAGGACCACAACCCCACCACAAAACGUGUCUGUUAAUGGGUAAAUGCCCAGUUUUAAAUUAUUAAUUUUACCAUUUUUAUAGUUUUGUAUACUGAAGGUAAAAUGAAUAAAAACAGGAAUUGGUGUGGAUUAGCA